AUGUCUGGGCAUGGAAAGAAGACAGCAAAGUCAACAACUGCAGCAAAGCCUGCCUUUCCUUCACAGAAAACCAAGUCACAGAGAGCCGGUCUCCAGUUCCCAGUGGGCCGUGUUCAUCGGUUCUUGAGGCGGGGUCAGUAUGCCGAACGAAUAGGCAUGGGAGCUGCAGUCUAUUUGUCAGCUGUGUUGGAAUAUCUGACUGCUGAAAUAUUGGAACUUGCAGGAAACGCUGCUUCUGAAAACAAGAGGCAGCGAAUUGGGCCACGACACCUCCAGCUGGCUGUGAGGACCGAUGAGGAACUCAGCCAAUUGUUUGCAGGUGUGACCAUUGCUGAGGGAGGGGUUCUUCCCAAUAUACUUCCCCAACUGCUUCACAAGAAGACUGAGGUGCCUAAAGAAGUGGCAGGAGAUGGGCAGUCACAGGAAUUCUAA